CACCCAAGUGCCUGUCCGAUAGCAGCGGCUUCUCUUCGUUGCCUAGACCAGAAGAAAGCCGGGACGAAACGGAGCCGGGGGGUUCUGCUUGCUGGAGGCCCGUUUAACCACUGCUAGAUACAGCUUCCUCGCGGUUUCUUCGUCGCUUAAGAGUCGUCUGUGACUUGACCCUUCAUAUUUUUCAUCUUACAACUAAUUUGCAAAAAUGUCCUGGCAAAGCUACGUGGACAACCUGAUGACUGAUGGCAGCUGCCAGGACGCGGCCAUUGUUGGGUACACUGACGCCAAAUACGUCUGGUCAUCGCAUUGCGGCGGUACCUUUUGCAAUAUAACGCCUGAAGAAAUCGACGUUAUGGUAGGAAAGGACCGAGAGGGUUUCUUCACCAGUGGGCUGACCCUAGGCAAUAAAAAGUGCUCCGUAAUCAGAGACAGCCUCCAAAUUGAUGGCGACUGGACAAUGGACAUCCGGACAAAGAGUCAAGGUGGAGAGCCAACCUACAACGUCGCUGUGGGCAGGGCUGGCAAAGCAUUGGUUUUUGUCAUGGGGAAGGAAGGUAUCCAUGGAGGGCAGCUCAACAAGAAAGCAUUUCAGAUGGCUGAGUACCUGAGGAAGUCUGGAUACUAAAGCAGCCUGUACCCAGCCACCUAGCAGCUCACCCUUACCACCCUGUUGCAUUUCACACCACUUCCAGUCCUAGUUGGUAGUUUCUUUGUUUUCUUUUUUUUUUCUUCUGCCUUCUCCCCUUCCUGUUUGUUAUUCCCUAUUUUUGUUGUCAUCCUCCCCUAACCCGUCCUCUUCCCUCAACACACCUGUGCUGUGUACUCCGACCCCCUUAAGCACUAUAAGUUGAUCCAUAGCAAAGAUGAGCAUGUUGCUAACAGGAUGUCAUGACAAAUCUGUACUUAUCUAAGACCAGCAAAAAAAAAUCUUCUGGCCAAACACUGGUAUGAGGAAGGCUUUAGUGUUGUGUAGGAUGUAGACGUUUGUUUUUCCUUCAUGUCAUAGUGCCCAUUCUUCCCAAAUGCACUCCCACCCCGAUGCACUUGAGCUGUAACCAAGCUCAUCAUGUCUUCCUCUUUUACUCUCUCUCUUUUCCCAGUUGUCUCUGGGAGGGCAGGCUGCAUGCAUAUCUAGAUCCACUGUAGCCCCCUCCUUGUAAACACGCACCCUUCACUGCCCCCCCGCCGUUCCUGCCAAAAUGUUCAGUACCUUCCCACUCCAUUUUUCCCUCAUCCUGUUGGCUCUUAACAGGCCACAUUACUAAACCUCGCAGUCUCAUCUGCAUUGAACUCCACUGACCCAGUCCUUCAACCCCUCUCCUUCCACAUCCAAGGCUCCGACCUGAAAACUUGUUUUAAAAGGGUGGGGUGGGGUGGGGUGGAGGGUUGUGUUCAUGGGGGGAGGUCAGUUAGUGACGAUGAGCUGGAUUUGCGAGCACUGGCAUCAUCAAGAUGCGAAUAACUUCUCCUGCCAUCACAACUUCCCCAACAACAUGAUAGAAAACCCAUGGACAUUCCACAGUAACAAUGGCUCAGGCACUUAAUACUGUUUUUGUUUGCCAGCUCCUGUAAUAUAUUUUCUUUUUUGAUUUCUUUUUUUAAAGGCUGCCAUUUUUGGACAGUAGAUAUCCCAGCAUAUAACCAUCUGGAGUGUGUCCAGUUUAUUUUUUUCUUUUUAUAGGACCAAGUGUAGUCGAAGCUCGGGUGUUUAUACAAUUGCGCUAAAUCAUGUGAAGGAUGACUGCUAACUAUUUUCUGACAAGAAAUGCUAACCUGGCAGUAAAACUCACUGUGGUUAAAUAUGUACAAGCUACAUGGGAGGUAAGGGUGGGAAUAAAUGAAGAAAAUUGUCAUUUCUUUAUUUUUUUUCUUUAUUGUUUAGAAAACAAGCGACUGCAUUUGUACAAACCCACGAUGUGUUGACAACUACAAAACUGUGGAAUAAAUUGCCUUCUACUCUAUAGUCAGCUGAGCUCUGGGGUAUCACAUGGUCUGUCCACGCUCAGUAAUGCUAACUGUAACGUCCAACAGAAUAGAAAAAACACAAACGUUAAAAUGACACUCAAUGGGAGAUGGGAUUGGUUGGAACAAAGACGCUUCUGGUUGUCUUGUAACUGCAGAACCUGUGUAUCCUGUGCCAUAAUAUAGAGAGAUCUGUUGCUGUUGUAAGAUGGAUUUUACUCACUGUCCACUAAAGAGUCAUUUCAUUGGCACUUCUUUUUUUAGCUUCAUCUCCACUGUUUAGACCUUGUGGGAUAUGUGUACUUAUAAAAAUACCUGUUUCAAGUCCUGUUUGCUGAUUUAUGUUCAUUUCCUUUAUCCUCACCUCUUUUUUUCUUACAUCUGGGAUACAGUCUCUUUAAUGCAUCUGAUUUCAUAUGCAUAAAAACCAAGAAAUGCCAUAAAUUGAUUUAUCACCUUGUUUACAGACAGAUCAAAUAAAUUUAUUCCAACCAGA